CAAAGGCUUAAGGACUUAUGGGUAGCGGAAUGAGGGCCCAUGGGAGACACAGUCUUUAAGUGCUGCUUCUGUGCUAGGCACUUCGUUGUGUGAUUUACAUGUGUUCUUUCAUCCCAGGAUUAGCGAAAAACCCUCAUUCUUCAAGGAGUCCGCAUCCUGGUGGGCAGGGUUGGGAAGAGAUAGAAACAACCAACGAAGAUGAAUUGAACCUUCUAGUUAUCGUCGUUGAUACCAACCCAAUUUGGUGGGGAAAGCAAGCAUUAAAGCAAUCUCAGUUUACUUUAUCAAAAUGCAUAGAUGCAGUGAUGGUGCUGGGAAAUUCUCACUUAUUCAUGAAUCGUUCCAACAAACUUGCCGUGAUAGCAAGUCACAUUCAAGAAAGUCGAUUCUUGUAUCCUGGAAAGAAUGGCAGACUUGGAGACCUCUUCGGGGAUCCUGGCAACCCUCCUUCUGAAUUUAAUCCCUCAGGAAGUAAAGAUGGAAAAUAUGAGUUGUUAACGGCAGCAAAUGAAGUCAUUGUUGAAGAGAUUAAAGAUCUAAUGACCCAAAGUGACAUAAAGGGUCAAAAUACAGAAACUCUGCUGGCAGGAUCCCUGGCCAAAGCUCUUUGCUACAUUCAUAGAAUGAACAAGGAGAUUAAAGAUAAUCAGGAAAUGAAGUCAAGGAUUUUGGUGAUCAAGGCCGCAGAGGACAGUGCACUACAGUACAUGAACUUCAUGAAUGUCAUCUUCGCAGCACAGAAGCAGAAUAUUUUGAUCGAUGCCUGUGUUUUAGACUCCGAUUCAGGACUUCUCCAGCAGGCUUGUGACAUCACAGGGGGACUGUACUUGAAGGUGCCUCAGAUAUCCUCCCUUCUGCAGUAUUUGCUGUGGGUUUUUCUUCCUGAUCAAGAUCAGAGAUCUCAGUUAAUCCUCCCACCCCCAAUUCACGUUGACUACCGGGCUGCUUGCUUCUGUCACCGCAAUCUUAUUGAAAUUGGUUAUGUCUGUUCUGUGUGCUUGUCAAUAUUCUGCAAUUUCAGCCCUAUCUGCACUACUUGCGAAACUGCCUUUAAGAUUUCUCUACCUCCUGUGCUGAAGUCCAAGAAAAAGAAACUGAAAGUGUCUGUAUGAUGCUACAAUUUUGUGCUCAUCUGUUAGAGCUGUUACAGAAAUUGUGUGGCGAAGUCUUUGUCAAGAAGGCUCUGAAAAUAAUACAGAUAUGUAUAAGACAAUUUUUAA